UCUUCAUGAUUAAAUAAAAGUAUUUUUUUGCGUUUAUUGAGUUAUUUAUACAUGGACGUACUUUAAUAAUUCGACUACAAAUUAAAAGAAUAUUUUAAAAUGUAUUAUUUCCCAAGCUCAAAAUGAAAUAGACUUUCGAACUAUUUGCAACAAUGUGAAGAAAUAACGUGGUCUUUAAAUAAAUUAAUCAUUUUUAUUUAAAACUAGUUUCAGUUAUGUAUCAAUGCGCGAUAAUAUAAAUUGAAAUCAUGGAUUCGAAAUCAUUUCUCCGCAUGAACGAGACGUAUGAAGACUUUUACAACAGAUGCAACAAUAUAUCCAAUUUCGACUGCAGUGAGGAAGAAAUGCUAUGGUGGUUGAUGGGUUCCCGCAGGUUGCCGUUGACAGAGAUAGUGCCGAUCAGUGUGGUGCUCGUUGUGAUAUUCCUGACUGGCGUGGUGGGCAACGUGUGUGUUUGUGUUGUCAUAGUGCGCAACCCGGGUUUACACACCGCUACAAACUAUUACUUGUUCAGUUUGGCUGUAAGCGAUCUUUUGCUGCUAUUGUUUGGCCUGCCGAACGAUUUGGCCGUUUAUUGGCACCAGUACCCGUACAGCUUGGGACUCGUUUUCUGCAAACUCCGGGCUUUUAUAUCUGAAGCCGCCACCUACGUGUCUGUGCUGACGAUAUCAGCGUUCUCCCUGGAGCGAUACUUGGCGAUAUGUCACCCACUGCACCUGUACGCAAUGGCAGGACUCACACGGGCCUCUCGCAUCGUCGUGGUGCUUUGGGUCGUGGCUUUCAUCAGCGCUUCGCCCUUCGCCGUCUACAGUGACAUUAGCUAUCGGGAGUAUCCGCCAAAUUCUGGCAACAUAUCACUGGACUCUGCCUUCUGCUCUCUGACAGCGUCUUCUCCUCUCUUGGAGAUAAGCAGUAUCUUCUUCUUCUUCGUUCCGGCUAUUCUCAUUCUCUGCUUGUAUAUUACCAUGGGGAUACACAUAAGAUCCACCAGAGUAAGUGCGAAGACAAAAAUUGGCUUGUUCAAAGACCACGUACACGGAGAAACGCGCCAGGCAAAGUCGAGGAAAGCUGUUAUACGUAUGUUGAUCGCGGUCGUUAUAGCUUUCUUCGUAUGCUGGGCUCCGUUCCACUUCCAAAGGCUGUUCUUCAUCUACGGCUACGACCACCCACAGUUCAACGUGAUCAACGAGCAUCUCUUUAAUGUGGCCGGUGCUCUCUACUACGUAUCAGCGACUGUCAACCCGAUUUUGUACAACGUUAUGAGUGCCAGAUACCGAAUGGCGUUCCACGAGACCCUACUGUGCAAACAUCGCCCGGAUCGCAGUAACUUUGAUUACACACGUCGCGAAACAACGAUGUCUUCCACUUAUCGGAACAGGUCCAGCUUCUACAAAGAACCCAUGAGCCAAACUACCAGAAUAUCAACCAGCAAAGUUGAUUAUGUUAAGGACGAAUCCCCAUUCUCAAUUGAAACUAAAAUAGAUGAGAACACUAUAUUUUAUUUUCCGAACGGAACUGAUCACGUUCAGGAAGCGAAUCAUAAUGAUUGCCACAAUAUACCAUAAAGAAUAACCAGACUUAUAAAGUGAAAGUGAAGACAAAAGUCAUAUUUCAAUAUAACAACAAAAUCACUAAAUCCCCAAAUUAAUGAAAAAUUAAUAGUUCAAUAAAAUUAAAAAGCACGUGUGGCAUAAAAAAGUAGUCUAUUUAUAAAAAAUACGUGUUUUCUUAGUUUUUCUUAAACUAUUAUUUUUAUUACAGCGAAAUUAAAGGUUAACAACCCAUUCCGAUCAAAUUUAUUUAUGUUAGAGAAAUCGGCUAGAAGAUUAUGGUUGGAAAUUAAAACUAACAUCAUUCCUUUCUUAUCGGCUAUUGAUGAAAAUUAUAUAAAUUCACAAAAAUCUAAUUUUCAAAUUGAAAAAUUGAAUAAAACUAUCAUUUGAUAGUUUUAGUGUAUUGUCAUCGGUCCUAGAUAUAUCUACAAAAUUUGAAGGAAACCGACCGUUUGAAGAGGGUCAAAAUCAAGUCCAAAGGAGUCGGUUACAAACAUACAAACAAACAUACAGGUGAAGCUAAUGAAAAGCGUGUAAAAAUGAGAACACAUUAUUUUAUGAUUCCUGAACGAGUUGUAGGGGAAAUAAAAUUAACUCUGAACCGUGAAGUAUACUGUAAAAAUAAAAAAAUAAGAUACUAUACUCUCAUAUCUUAGAGAGUGAAUGCUCAAGAUCAGGUUUAUGAGAGUUUAUGCACAAAGAGGCCAGUAGCAAAACACAGGCCACCGGCAAAGCUACGAUUGUGAAGAAAUUCGUAUAAACGGAUCCAAUAAAGUUGUAUAGGAAAAUCAUAAUAAUUGUGAAAUUAUGCCACAAAAUAUUUGUUGCUCGUAAAAUUUCAAGAAUUGCUGAUCGCAGUCUAGACUGCUUCCGGUCGUCCUGAUUUAUAGGGAGUCGUGACCAUUUAUUGCCGACGAAAAUGUUUAAAUUCUUUCCCAACGUCGUCGCGUAGGACCACGUAUUUUUUAUGAGUAAUAAAUUCACAAGGAAUAUGAAAUAUUUCAGUUAUAAAUGCCGAGAAAAUUCUUGGUUGGGGAAGAAAAAAAGAGAACCUAAGAUUUUUCUUAUAAGUAGGAUUUUCUUCUUAUCUAGAAGGUAAGCUAAACUUGGUUACACGGCGAGCAUGGAGAGGGCAAAAAUCCGAUAAAUCCUCCGAUAAUAUAUCCACUAGCGAGGGAUAAAAUUUACAAGCAUGACAACAAAGAAAAGGUGAAGUUUACUCCAGUUGAAUAUUGCACGUAUUAUUAUUUGGAUAUUAUUUCAACCCGAGCGAGCUCGGAGAGUGGCUAAAACUUUAGAAGAUAAGCAUUUUGUCCUUUGCUCCUAGAGAAAAUGUCUUUUACUCAUGAUUGCCAUGCUGGAGGCUAUAAAUGAUAUCUAUCUCAUAUCUAUAACUGGAUUUAGUUGAGAACGCGUGUGAUAAACGACUAAGACACCGAAAGGUAUCUUUGCAUCGUUAUGAUAUAUCGUUCGUUAUAUAAAAUAAUGUUCACAAGUGUAGCACACACAUAAAUAUGAGUAAAAAAGAAGAUCAGCUAUAUACUAGUAAA